AUGUCAUCCUCUCAGCCCGCGACAGCAGAUAGCGGCUACAUCACCGAGCCGGUGCCUUUAGAGAACACCUACACUUCGGAUCCCAGUCUCCAACGGGCGUUGUCCUGGUAUCUGCCAUCUAGUACUUUACAAAGUGUACAAUCGCAUCUCACUCAGCUCGGUGCCGAGGCUAUCUCCGAGCGGGUCCGUGAAUGGAGUGGUGAUGCGGAGCGAAAUGUCCCAUAUGUGAAGAGUCACAACGUGUGGGGGAAAAGAUAUGAUUAUGAUCGCUUGGUCACUACAGACGGGUGGAAACAGCUUGGGAAAUGGGGUGCUCGUAACAGAAUCGUUUCGGCAGGGUAUGACCAGAGCUUAGGCGUUGAUCGAAGGACUGUUCAAUAUGCACUGAACUAUCUGUAUGCUCCCUCUUCUGGACUCUACUCCUGUCCCAUCAGCAUGACGGAUGGAGCUGCUUUUAUCUUGUCGUCAAGAGUCAACAAGCUGCCCUCGACACAUCCCUUCCAGGCUGCGUUUCAAGGUCUGAUUUCUGAAAAGGAUGACCACUGGACCUCAGGCCAAUGGAUGACUGAAAGAGCCGGCGGAAGUGAUGUUCAAAACACCGAAACUUGGGCGACUUAUUCACCACUGGCCAAGUCAGGCUCCGAUCCCCUAGGUGAUGGUGACUACCUGGUCAGCGGCUUCAAGUUCUUCUCCUCGGCAACCGAUGCCAAUCUCGCUCUAUUGCUUGCGAAAACUCCAUCUGGAAAGCUAAGCACGUUCCUCGCACCACUGCGACGCACUGUGGUGGGAUCUGAUGGUGUCUCAAGGGUGGUGUCUAAUGGCGUCAGAAUCCACCGCUUGAAGAACAAGCUCGGCACCAAAGAAUUGCCUACAGCGGAACUCGAGCUGAAGGAUAUGCGAGCGCAUCUCGUCGGUGAGCUGGACCAGGGCGUUGUCACCAUUGCACCUCUGCUCAACGUUACGCGCGUUCAUACCUUCAUUGGCUCGCUGUCUGGUUGGCGCCGAGCUAUCAGUAUCACGAAGAGUUUCGCGAAGGCGAGAACUACUGUUGGCGAGCCCCUGUGGCUGAUUCCAAUGCACUUGCGGCUUUUGGCAGACCUGGAGGUAAAGCAUCGGGGCGCAAUGAAUCUUGCCUGGUUUACUGUUGCUUUGUUUGGAGUGGUCGAAGACAAAUCCUCGGCAUCCACUAAGCUUGCACAUAUACCUCAACCUGGAAAGGAGGCCGAUGUGGUUUUCCGUACGAUGACUGCCACCGCGAAGGCAGUCAUUAGUAAGAUGGCUACUGUGGGAAUCCAAGAGUGCCAGGAAUCUAUGGGCGGAGUCGGUUAUAUGGAUGAGGCUGACGAGCCCGAAUUCAAUAUCUCUCGAAUCUUGCGCAAUACUGCCGUCAACUCCAUCUGGGAGGGCACUACCAAUGUACUUGCUAGCGAGUUCGUUCGGUUCCUUAUCAAGAAAGACAACCUUCAAGUUUUCUCGGCAUGGUUUGAGAGGACUUUGGCCCAAAUCCAGACUACGAGCAUUCGUGAUGCUAUAAGCGCUUCUUGGUCUACCCUCCGGGCUCGUUUCACGAUUCAGGAUCCUGCUUCAACUGUAGCCGAUGGCCGCCGCUUUAUAUUCACUCUUGCUUGGAUUUUGUCGGGAGCCCUUAUGGCCCUUGAUGCUGAGCGUGAUAACGACCCUAUAACGACAGAGAUCGCACGUCGGUGGGUUUUGAGUGGCGAGGGUGGUGUGGGAGACCAAGUUUUCCACGAUAUUGUGACGGUCAGGGACACUAUUGGCGCUGUCUCUGGGGGAGAGGAACACCUCCAAUGGGAUUGCCGUAUUGCCUGGGGCGUUGACCUGCCAGCGAACCGCGCAUCUGGUCAUAGAUCGUUGCAAAAGGCAAGCUCUAAGCUUUGA